UCCUUUCAAGAGCGUUGCCAGCUGCUGACACUGCUACCACGCAACCUAACCGUGAAAUAUGUGCAGGAAGUUAUUCCAGAGGCAACGAGGUACGUUAUUCAAAAAUCGAAGAAGAUGGUGGAUGAAGAAGGCGUAUGGUCAACACAGGAGCGAUAUACAAGAUGUAAGCUACAACACGAAGACAUUACCACCGUUUUAGAAUAUUACACCAUGGAUGAACUCGAUUGCUCUAGACAGACACCGAACAAAAAGGAUGUUGUGAGAAUCGAAAAGAAGGAAGAAAAGGAAUGGGUACCUGAACGGUUCAUGACGCGGUCCUUGCGAGAAGCAUUCCGCCUCUACAAGCAAGCUCACCCUGCCUCCCAGGUUGGCCUCACAAAAUUCAUAUCCUUGCGUCCUAAGUGGGUGAAAUGCUCGCCACAGUGGCAAGUGUGUGUUUGCGUGUGCUGUGCAAACUUUCAGUUGUGCCUCGUGGGACUGCAGAACGCCUCCGGAAGGUCGCUUUCUCCCAAUGAUAUGCAGAGUCUCUGCGUAUGCCAGGAACCUACUGCGUCAUGUUUCCUCAGGAAUUGUGAGCGCUGUCCACAAGAUGGCAUUUUCACUUUGGAAAAUUUUGAUAUGAGCAGCGAGGACGAGGUGUUGAUUGCUUCAUGGGAAUACGGUGAGCUAGUUCAAAAAACUCUUACGGCUUCAUCAUUUAUGAGAGAAUUUCUAAGAAUGACCAUGAAAUGGAUUCCCCACAACUAUAUCAGAUCUGUGCAAGCAAAAGCAAUAGAUGAACAAAAACAGAGCUGCGAGAGAGGUGCAAUUGUUUUGCAUUUUGAUUUCACCGAAAACUGCACAGUUGUGCUUCCAGACGCAGUACAAGCGUACCAUUGGCAGACGAAGCAGGUCACCGUGUUUACCUGCGUUGUCACGUCAAGAAAAUCGACUCGGAACUACGCCGUUAUUUCCGACAAUAUGUCUCAUGAUUCAGCUCAUGCAUGUUUGGCUCUGUCGAAAAUCAAAGCACACCUCGAAGACAACGCGCCAAUCUACACUAAGGUAACACAUGUGAGCGACGGGGCUCCCGCUCACUUCAAGAAUAAAUAUCAGUUUCAUUAGCUACAACGCAGUGAAUGUCAAGAGACGAAAUGGAUGUUUUCGGCCACUGGACACGGCAAAAAUGCUUGCGACGGCGUUGGUGGGCUUGUGAAACAUCUAGCAUCACACCACAACUUGCGGAAGCCUGCAAGUGAGGCCAUA